AUGCAAACAAUAAGGAUUUUGCCGAACAUAAAAGCUCUUCUUAGAGAUGGGAAAGAGGCAGAGGCAGUUGAUGUAAUAAAUAUGCAUGUGGAUGUAAUCGCGCCGUACAUAAAGGAUGAUCUCAAGCAUAUCAAGUCUGACGAUCCGAAGACAAGUUUGUGCCUGAGUAAGAUUUAUUUUGUUCUUGGGGACUACGACAAGGCUAUAGAGUAUGCGCUCCGUGCUGGGGAUCUCCUAGUUGAUGAUGGAUCGUUUUACUACACCUCCAUUGUUUAUCACAUGAUGGAUUCUGUUGACAUGAAUAGCGACAGCAAGGUCAGGGACUUUGUUCUCCGAGUCAUAAGGGCUGAGGAGGUGGAUGACUCGCUAAUUGGAUAUUUAUUUUCUAUAAAAGCAUACGAACUGCUAAAGGAAGCACUUGUCCAACACAUGUCUGGGGAGAAUGAUUACAGGAAGUUGCUUGACCUUCUUAUAUCUCUAGGAGAAGAGGAAGGAUGUCUGAAGGAGAUAUACGGGAUGUUUGCUGAGAUUGGGCCAAGGAACAAGCCCUUCAUCUUUUAUGUUGUAGAUGCCUAUUUCUAUCUCGAGGAUAUAGAGAAGGUGAAAGAACUUAUUGAGAAGCUGAUAAAGGAGGAUAUCCUUUUAUGCUACGAGGUUGCGUUUUACAUAGAGGACAACUACAGUCCUGAGAUUGAUGUUUCGCACGAAAAGGUCAUGUUUAUACUUAACGGAGAGUUUAAGAAGAAGAUUCUCGGGGCAUUUCUUCUUGAGAAGAACCUCACCAGCUUCAAGUUUCUUGAGUCGAUAGCAAGGACUAGGACCCAUUACCUGGGGCUAGCCAAUUCCUUAAUGAACCUAGGGACCUCUAACGACACAUUCUACAGAAGCAAUGCAGAUAUUUUUGGGCAGUCUAGUGAGUGGGCAAAGUUUUGUGAAGUGUCUAGCAUUGGAAUGAUCCAUCUGUUCAACUCCAAUCCAUAUGAGAUACUCAAAAACUAUCUUCCCAGUGAAGUUAGUCAGAAGGAAGGUGGUGCUUUGAUGGCUUUGGGGCUUAUAAAGGCGGGGACAUUUAGCGAGGAAGACACUGAGUAUCUGCUAUAUUUUCUUGAUACAGAGGACACUCUCACGCCUGAGCUAGCAUAUGGAGUAUGUCUUGGGUUGGGGCUUAUUAACAUGGGAUCUGCAAAUAAUGAGAUCCUGAGUAAGCUCAAGGAGCUCUCGAAAGUUGAUCGUACACUACUAGUAGAGGCCUCUGUAUACGGGAUGGGGAUACUAGGGCUUAAUUCGUGGAAUGUUGAGAUUUUAGAAGAUCUGAAGGCAAUAGGAUGUGAUACGGAGUUUGAACGUGUAAAAAGAGCCGUUGGUGUCUCGCUUUCACUGGUUUUAAUGUUCAGUGAGGAGAUGUUCUAUGAUGAAGACACUGCAUCGAAUGGGGAGUUUAAGAACUAUAUAAACGAGCUUCUUUCUGACAAGGAUUCCAUCAUGAGGGCCGGCGGGGUUCUUUCUCUCGGGUCUGCAUUUGUUGGCACUGGAAGACUCAGCGUGAUUUCAUCUCUUCUUCCAUAUAUUAAUGAUGGAGAUGACGAUGUCAAGAGAGCAGCUGUGAUAGCCAUAGGGCUUGUGUGCUGUGACGACAGGGAUCUUCUUGUAGGAACAUUGGAGCCUCUCUCAGAAAACCAUAACUUCUUUGUAAGAGCGGCUGUAGCGAUAAUCCUUGGGCUAUUUCUCUCUGGAACAGGGGACAAGGUUUGCACAAACAUUCUGGAGGCACUAAUGUACGACUCUAAUAAUCUUGUGAGGCAGUCUGCUUGCAUCGGUGCAGGAUUUAUUACAAUGCAAUGCAAUCCUGAGCUUAUUCCAAAUUACAAGCGUAUCAUCGAGAGAUUGAACAAGCUGAUAGUUGACAAGAAGGAGAGUGGGGCCGUGGAGCUCGGUGCCGUGUUUGGCAGAGGGCUAAGCGAAGCUGGCGGAAGGAACAUUAUCUUUUCUGUAAGAAACAUGUCUGGAAUUACAUCAGCAGAUAGAAUAGCUGGGGCAAUAUUAUUUUUACAUUAUUGGUAUUGGUACCCUCUCAUAAGCAUGGUGUCCUUGUGUGCUCUUCCAACAAGUAUAUUUUGCUUUAAUGAAGACCUCGAAGAGGAGAAUAUCGAAAUACCAACAUCCGGCCGCUAUGACAAUCUUCUUAUCCGCCUUCCAGACACCAAAAAGGCAAGAAGAUUCAAACAAAGGCCCAAAGAGGACAAGGAGGUCAUCACAGAGUCUCCCUCUGUGCUGACUUCUGGUAGCAGAUGCACAAUCAAGCAAAGGGAAGAAUGUGGCCUUGACUCGCCUGCGAUUUUUUUUGUGAAGAAGAAAUAA